CUUGGUUUGUUGUUGACAAUCUGAGAUAUCGCGGAUAAAAGUUUUGCUUAAAAAUUAAUCUCAGCAUAUUCGAAUAGAUUGUUGUUAUGAUAUGUUGGAUUUGCCAGACGUUUUAACUUACUGAAGGCUGGGUAGAAGUCUAUUAAGUUUUGUUAUCUAUUGCUUCUUUGCCGGGUGAACCACGAAUAUGUAAAUCAAUACGACAACUGCUCAUUAAAUAUUUUAGCGGUCGACAGCGGAAUUCACAAGUCAGCUUACAGUUCGUGUUGUAUGCACGUAUUUUCAAUGUGACACAAAGUUGUAAUUCCACCGCCUGAAACAAAGCGCAAGCUUGUGGGCGCGGAAGCGUUACACGGAUUGGAGGCGCCGGAUGCUGGAGCGCAAGCAGAGGCAUGUGCAGUGGUUGUCGACGACCACUUAACCAUUGAGACUGUUCCGGAGGAGGUUGUGGAGCCAAGCACAAACCAAUACUCAAACGUUCUGAAGACCUCUUCACUAGCAUCAGGAACACGGCUGCCUGGGCGGCACCGUUGAAGACGAUAUAACCAAAACUUGCGGAAACCAAUGAGGGAAUUGCAGUUCCUACUACGUCCGGCUUUUUUAAUGUACACGACUUAGGCACAGUUAUGAAUAUUAUGACAAUACAUUUUAAAAAUCUCCAAAAUGUACUUCAUAAUAUUCGAAGAGCAGACACACUUUUCAUGCAGUUCAUAUUAGAGUUAAACUGGCGCAUACAUUGUGACCAUGGAAGAAAGACUCACGAAGAAAGAGGCACAGAACUGGUUCAAAUGUAUGUUUGCAACAUAUACGACCAGGGAUGUAAUUGCACAAUUAGCCGACCUCGGAUUUAAAGCAUUUUACUUGCAUGUACGAAGUGACAUGCGUGCAAAACACGGUAUACUCGAAACAAAUACAUGUUGUUUAUGUAGUGACCCUUCCAAACUGUGCCAAUUGUGUUCCGAAAUAUGUAUUCGACUUUGGGAGAACCACCGUUUUAAAAAAUCGAAAUUGAAAGGCCCAUCAUGGAGCAAUACGGAUACCACAAAAUGGUGCACUGAAUCGUGGGAGUUGGCAAAGUGUUACAUGCCUCCCACGGGUUACAGAGAUAAGCCAAAUGCCAACAGCACAGACUUCAAUGGCAUUAUUGGUGCCAUAUACAACUGUACCUGGAUGCAGUGCUAUUUUACUGAUGAUCUAAGUAAAGAUUCCAACAUAUGUGCAGAGGCACGAGAAGAAGUCAAUAAACUACGACACUUACAGGACAUGGAAAUAUGUGAUGGGGAUAUGAUCAGCUUCUUCGAUUGUUUUUUUAAUCUACUAAAUGAUCCUGCACACCUUAAUAGUUUUAAGCCGGCAAUUGAUGCACGCGCUUACCUUAAACAGCUUCAGCAAGACACUCUUCCGUUGUCCGAAAAGGCGGUAAAAAGCACGUUGAAAAAAGUGUAUGAAGACCAAAAGGAAGAAUUUCGUAGAAGGUUAAUACAGUUCUAUACGACAACAAAGGAAACUGUGUCUGUUUCACCCUUAAGGGAGGGUCAUGACAAACCCAUCUUGGAUGUCUUUGUUCAACCGAAAUUGAGCCAUGUUACAAUGGAGAAAGAUGGAACUCGAAAAAAAACAGAACACGCGGUUCAUAGCUACAACGCCUUAUUUUAUGAAGAUAAAAAGCUUAAUAGCCGUGUUUUUGUUCAAGGAGAACCCGGAAUGGGGAAGACAACAUUCCUUACUAAACUGGCUCUUGACUGGUGUGAUUCAGUGUCUGAGCACAAUCCUGAUCACAAGGCUACAUUUAAGGAUGUUGAUACACUGAAGGAGUUUCGGUUUUUCUUUCAAAUAUCACUAAGAGAUGCAGCGAACCAGCGUGAGGUUAUAGAGAUGAUCAAAACUCAAAUAAUCGAUAUGAUUUACAGUGGUGAUAAGCGAGAAGAGACCGUGAAGCUUUUACCACAAAUCCUGGAACGAGAGUCAUGCAUCAUAACUUUGGAUGGGCUUAAUGAAUGGGUUGAUUGUUUGAAUAAGUGCGUUAUACCUUUAAUGACACAGUGCCUUACAAAGUGUGUAUCUGUAAUUACAACAAGGCCAUGGAAAAUGGUGGAUGAGCGAAUUAAAAAUUCCGAAAUUAAAACUUUAAUUGAAAUUGAAGGAAUACUUGAUGCAGAAGAGCUAGCAAAGAAAAUAUUACACAGUCUUCAGACUAAUAAUGUGAAGACACACACUUGUUUCGUGACUUACGUUAACGAUCGUCGAUUGAGGCAUUUUCUUGCGUCACCCUGGCGGCUAACUCUGUUAGUCAAUUUGUGGAUGAACUACGAGGUUAAUGGUUCAUUGUGUGAAAUAAAUUGUAUUCUCCUAGACAUACUCUUUAAGAAUGCAAAUGCAAGUAAGGGAUAUUUUCGAAACGGAACUUCUUUUCAGUGUUUAGCCAAUACACGAUUUAUUAAGCAGCAGAUCGAUAUUUUUGAUGCGCUUGCAAACGCUGCGUUUAGCUUAACAUUUUCAUCGAACAAAUGCGUCGCGUUCAACGAACGGGAAUUAUUGAUCUACAUGACAGAAGUUCAGUUGGAUUUUUGCCUCCGUUCUGGUGUAUUAACGAAAAGAUACAGUUCCACAAUGGCCGAUCAGGAUGCACAGUUUUCCUUUGUACACGAGACAGUUCAAGAGUUCCUGGCUGCAUAUCAUAUUGCAAAUUCAAAUCAAGACCUUAUAGAAUAUUUCCAUACAGACACUAAAUAUAAUGUGUUAGAAAUGAGCGAGACAAUUAUUUAUCUGUGUGGGUUAGAGUGCAAGAAAGCUAAUACACUGAUAAACCAUCUUGCUGACGUCAAUUUUCUUUACGACAUAAACCACGGAAUGAGCAUGUACGUGAGGGGAUGUCUAGAUCAGAGAGAAAUACGGGCUUUUCAUACAGACAAUAACACAGAGAGAAACAUUUUAAGAUCAGAUAAUAAUUCAAUGGAUUAUGACAAACGAUGCAUUGCUCUAUCAGUCUUAUUUCAGCGCAUGAUAAUCGCUGGGUACAUAGAAGCUAAGGCCAGCGGUGAGAAGGAGAUUUUCUUAAAUUGUAUGGACUUCACAUUUAAUGCAUAUCUUAAUAAGUCCGAUUUAAAUGCAUUAAAGAUGCUUUUAAUGUCCAACAAAUCAAAUAUUCGGUCACUUAUUUCAGAAAGUAAUAUUCUACAAACAAGCGAAAUACUGACAGUCAUGCAACAUUCCGCACUUUGUGUUAAACGUGUGAUAGUGAAAGGAACUACGGAAAUUAAUAAAGCAUUAUGUAAUACGAGCAUACAGGAGGUAUGUUAUACAGGGAAAUUUGACGUAUCAUCUUCCUGUGUAUUUCCACAUCUGUCUCAAUUAACGUUUUUGAAGAUAGUAGACUCCACUUUUUCGGAAGACAUAGUUCUACCUGAUAAAAUACAGCGCAUUUGUUUGCUCAAAUGUGCAUGCACUGCUGUGUUCCUACGACGGUUGCUAGUGCGCUUAUCGUCAUUAAAACACGAUGUUUUGUUCGAGGUGGAAACUCUGAGUGUAACCGAAAGCAACACGCACAUAUUUCAGCUGGAAUUAUUGUCCUGUGAUAUGAAAAAUAUCAAACUAGUCGUGAUAGACGGAAAUAUUGAUCUUUAUCAAUUAAUACGAUAUUCAUCUAUAGGGACCCUAGGCCUUACAACGGCUGAUUGUGCCUCAUUAGCUUCAGAGACUCUCCACACGCUCAAUAAGCUAACAGAGCUCUAUUUGUGGUGGACCUAUACGGGUCAAUGUGGUCUCAAACUGCCUGCUUCAUUGCGGUGUAUAAGUCUGGUAGAUGUCAAAUGUUCAUCUGAGUUGCUGUGCAGCUUGUUGAUCACGCUCUCUUCAUUCGAUCAUCCUGUCACGUGUGAGCUGUUGGAUGUUGUAUUGCAGCCUAGUGAAGACACCCUUGGGGACGAAUCACAUACACAUGUAUCGGACUUGCGAUCUGAAAUGUUGUCACUUGACAUGUCCAAAAUCGAGAUAAUGGUGACAAAUGGCAGUAAGGAACUGUUUGAAAUAUUUCGUGAUACAAGUAUAGGGAUCCUAGACCUGAGCACGGCUGAUUGUGCCUCAUUAGCAUCAGAGAUUCUUCACACGCUCAACAAGCUGACAAAGCUCGAUUUGUGGGGGACCUAUACGGGUCGAUGUGAUAUCGAGUUGCCUGCUUCAUUGCAGUGUAUUAGUCUGCAGAAAGGCGAAUGUUCAUCUGAGUGGCUGUGUAGCUUGUUGAUCACGCUCUCUUCAUUCGAUCAUCCUGUCACGUGUGAGCUGUGGGAUGUCGUAUUGCAGUCUAGUGGAGACACCCUUGGAGACGAAUUACAUACACAUGUAUCGGACCUGCGAUCUGAAAUAAUGUCACAUGACAUGUCCAAAAUCGAGAUAAUGGUGACAAAUGGCAGUACAGAAUUGUUUGAAAUAUUACGUGAUGCAAGUAUAGGGAUCCUAUACCUGAGAACGGCUGAUUGUGCCUCAUUAGCGUCAGAGAUUCUUCACACGCUCAACAAGCUAACAAAGCUCGAUUUGUGGGGGACCUAUACGGGUCGAUGUAAUAUCGAGUUGCCUGCUUCAUUGCAGUGUAUUAGUCUGCAGAAAGGCGAAUGUUCAUCUGAGUGGCUGUGCAGCUUGUUGAUCACGCUCUCUUCAUUCGAUCAUCCUGUCAGGUGCGAGCUGUGGGAUGUCGUAUUGCAGUCUAGUGGAGACACCCUUGGAGACGAAUCACAUACACAUGUAUCGGACUUGCGAUCUAAAAUGCUGUCACUUGACAUGUCCAAUAUCAAGAUAAUGGUGAUAACUGGCAGUAAAGAAUUGUUUGAAAUAUUACGGGAUGCAAGUAUAGGUAUCCUAAGCCUGAGAACGGCUGAUUGUGCCUCAUUAGCAUCAGAGAUUCUUCACACGCUCAACAAGCUAACAAAGCUCUAUUUGCGGGGGACCUAUACGGGUCGAUGUGAUAUCGAGUUGCCUGCUUCAUUGCAGUGUAUUAGUCUGCAGAAAGUCGAAUGUUCAUCUGAGUGGCUGUGCAGCUUGUUGAUCACGCUCUCUUCAUUAGACCAUCCUGUCAGGUGUGAGCUGUAUGAUAUUGUAUUGAUGUCCAGUGAAGAAACCAUUGGAGACGAGUCACACACACAUGAAUUGGACACGCAAUCUAAAAUACUGUCACAUGACAUGUCAAAUAUUAAGAUAUGUGUGAAAAAUGGCAGUAUGGGGCUUUUUGAAAUAUUACGUGAUACAAGUAUUGGGAGUCUAAGGGUUUAAACUACUUCUUCACUGGAAACCGUUACGCGAACUAAGUUGGACAUGAUGAAAAGGAUUCAUAUACAGGGGACUUAUUUGACAAGAUUCGAUUAUGACAUACCCCAAUCCAUAGAGUGCAUGCUGUUGACAGAGGACACAUUUUCAUUGGAAUGGUUAUACAGCGUCCUGAUCAGAUUGUCGAAAGUAAAACAUUACGUGCAGUUGAACGUUAAAGGCUUGUUGAUGUCAAGUAAUGAAACCUGUCCGCCUAGUUCAGAAGCAAACAUAAUUCAAUGUGAAUAUUUCAAUAAUGUGAGAGCUGAUAGUUCUAAUACAACCGUGUCUGACUUACUGUCAGAAAUUCUCUCAUGUGACAUGUCGAACAUUGCACUUCGCGUCUUAAAUUUCCAUCGGGAGCGGUUUGAAAUGUUGCGAUAUACGAAUAUAAGAAGCGUGCAGCUUGCGGCUUUUGACGAUGUGUCAAUGACAUAUGUGACACAAAACACGUUACCCGUUGAUGAUCUUAGAAAAAGAAUCCUGUUCAUCAGGUUGGCUCUACAGUUUGUUGAAAAAACUUUCAACGUUAGGUCAUUCCGUGCACUUGUUCUUAAAUAGAUACGUCGUUUUACAGAGGCGCGAGUCGAGUGAAAAAUACUCAGAACCGCCAAUGCGAGGUGCAUAUAUGUCAAACGUUAAGUUGGUAGCAUUUAAGGAUUGCUUGGGCUUAUAUGAAACGUUGCCUUUAAUGCAUAUCACCAGUCUGAACAAGACGCAAAUAGAACACGCGGGCAUGCUGUCACAGACAUUGCCUCUUCUCACCUAUUUGCAGGAAUUAUGGGUUAGUUUGAAAAUGUAUGAUAUGAAGAUGAAAUUGCCAGAAUGUAUUAAAUAUGUGUUUAUAAUUUAUACAACAAUGUCUCGGUCAUCACUGAAACAUUUUCUGCAGAAUCUGUCUACUACCAAACAUAAUGUACAGUGUAAACUUUUGUUCCGUGUAGAAGAGAAUAAAGAUGAAUAUACGAGAAUCAAGCAAGAAUAUUGUGAAUUGGAAUCGUUUGAAGUCCAACAGUUUGAUGUGAUAAACAAACAGGGUACUGUUCGUGGCGCUGCUGCUCUUUCACUUUCUGCUACUGCUGAUGAUGGUGAUAACGAUUAUGAAAAACAAUUACUCCGAUGGAAAGGAGAAUUCGUGGAUUCGAAACCAUGGAUUCACUAUUGUUAAAUUCGACUUAACAUUUCUUGCCCAGGUAACUCUGGGGACGAAUCUUGAACGAUUGCAAUUUCAAAUUAUAUAUAU